UGUUAAAAUGUGUUUGUGGGGAGUUUUUUUUUUCCACUGAAGAGCGACCUAUCCUGGAGCCUGGGCUUCCCGUUUUGGGACGCUCCUCUUCUGCCCAUCACACACCGACUUUAGCCCCUUUCCUAUAGGCCCCACCCUCGCACGAAGCUCUCAGCUGAAGCGGAAACAUGUUGUAGUAAACGGCGUUAAAUUUAAGGACAGCGUAUGUCUAUUCACACGCUGCUCCUAAAUACGUAAAACUACACCGAGUUUUGUGUACGCUUUGUUGUUUUUUUUCCCUUCUUUUUAACGAAAUGCUGUGAAGGAGAAGAGAGGAGCGUGAUUACUUCAUCCAGAGGAGCGGGGCGACUGCUUAACGUCCACCGUGUUUGUCUUCCAGUUUUGGGGCAGGUCUUCACGCUGGACCCACAAGCCGACAGUCCGUAGAAGAGUACGUCAUUAAGAAAAGGUUUUUGCUGCAAGGCCAGAGAAUACACUUUUCCUCAGUCUGGAACCUGAAGAAUAAUAACAGAAAUGUCGUCACCGUUUUCUGCCCUACCGUUGCUUCAUGUGUUAUUUUGCGUGGCAUCUGCAGGGCCGUUGUCUCGUAGCCCUUGUGAGCUGCUGCCUGUUGGCUCGGCACACCCGGUGCAGGCAACUUUAAAGACCUUCACUGCCCUGUCAGGCUGUGCAAGUAGAGGGACCAGCAGUUUCCCACAAGAGGUUCAUAUCAUCAACUUGAGAGGACACUUCCCAGAGGAAUCAGACAACUUUCGACCAGAGGUGGACCUGCAUCUGAAGCCCAUUCAGUCCUUACUGCACCAUGCGAAGCCCCUGGUUUUUGUGCUUAACUCCCCCCGACCACUCAUCUGGAAGAUUAAGCCAGAGAAUCUGGCCCUGGGCAUCAAACGCAUCUUUCAUGUGACAAGGGAUUCUGAAGUUCAAUUCCAGCCGGCAAACUUUUCCCUUGGCUGCCAAACGGAUGAAGAGAUUCUCCCUAAUAGCAAUGAGCGCCUCCUCGGCUGGGCUGAGAAAAAGUACAAGGCGGUCACCUCUUUCUCCGAGCUCAGGAUGACACAAGACAUUUACAUUAAAGUGGGAGAAGAUCCAGUGUUUUCUGACACCUGCAAGAUUGACACGAAGUUCCUGUCGCUGAACUAUCUGGGUGGCUACAGGGAGCCACAGCUUUCCAAAGGUUGUGUUCUGUCCGGUCCGGACAAAGACCGGGAAGUCCACAUCGUUGAGCUCGAGGCCCCCAACUCCAGCAGUGCAUUCCAAGUGGAUGUUACAGUGGAACUACAGCCUUUGGUCAAGGACGUGACCUUGCAGCGUGAAGUCGUCCUGCUGCUCCAGUGUGUGAAAUCAGUCAACUGGGUGAUCAAAGUCCAUCGUGUUAUUGGCAAAUUGCACAUUGUGGCAUCUGACACCAUAACUGUUAAUUCCAACACAGUGCAACUGAUGAAGACAGUGACGUCUCCCAAGCAGCUCUUACCCUCAGGGCCACAAGCCCUAAUUAAGUGGGCAGAGGAGCACAGCUACGUCCCAGUCACAUCUUACACCAGGACUCCUGUAGCUAAUCACUUUGAAGUUCGACUCAGAGAGCCAGAUAUGGUGGAACCUCUGGACAGUUUGCUGCCUCCAGAGCUCUCCAUACUGCAGGGCUCCAGCACUCAUUCGUAUCCAAAAACGGGAACAGCUUCACGCCUGCCCUUCAUUUUUCCACCGCCUGUCUCCGACGAUGGGGUUUCGUAUCUGAAACUACCAAUCUCCUCCACCAUAGAAGACCAAAUAUUAGGAAACGGGGAACCUGAGAAGUAUCAGGAGCCGCUUAACAUUGGCCUUAGCGUGUACUGUGACGACACAAGGAUGGUGGUCAGCGUUGACAAAGAGAGCCUGCAGGAAAAGGGCUUUUUUUAUGCCAACCUCACACUUCAGGAUCCAGAAUGCAAAGCAACAGUUAAUGCCACCCAUUAUACCCUGGAAACCCUUCUAUCUGGCUGUCAAACCUCCAUGUAUCCGAUCCCGGGAAGCUCCAUGGCCUUGUAUAUCAACCAGGUAUUGAUAAAUCACGCCGAGACAAAGGAUGGCAGUGGCGGCCUACUGGAUUAUGUCGACCUGGAAUCCGGUGAAAUGCGAUUUCAGAAGGAUCCAGUCAAAUCUGAGAGGACAAUAACUGACCCUACAGAGCAGCAGUCAGCCAUUGCAUUCAACUGCACAUACAGAAAGAACCAGCAAAUUCAAGCAACACUUAACACCAGGAUCGCACCCGAACCAUCCAGUCGUCCGGUCGGAAAUACGACGUUCGACUUAGAAUUGUACGACACGCCGUCAGUCAACACCCCGUCGCGCCAGUCCUUCCACACUGUUUCACACAAUCAGAAAGUGUUUGUAGAGGUUACAUCGCCAUCCACUGACCCAAAUCUGGGGUUCACCAUCAUUUCGUGCUAUAUUUCUCCCAACUCUAACCCUAGCAUCUCAUCAGAUUACACUCUUAUCGAGACGGUGUGCCCAACCGACCACUCAGUCGCACUCUACCCUCAGACGGAAUUCUCUGUCCCUCGAACACGGAAAGAGAAGAAAAGCUUCAGCUUCAACUUUGACUCGAAGUUGAACAUGUCCCUGCUAUUCCUGCACUGUGAGAUGUCACUGUGCUCCAAAAGCCUUAAGAACAUCAAAACACUGCCAUCGUGUCUACAACCUGGAGAGGCCUGUGAGUCCCUAGGUGUGGAAAAUAUCCUAAAGAUGAUGAUGAACAGCAGGACAUGCACCAAACCACUCGUAGUAGUGGACGGCCUUGGUCAGCCUGGGGUCACGGCUGUCUCUACAAACAAAGCUCCUCAACCCACACGGAAUCCUCAGGAUUAUAACAGGCUGUAUGCGUUGGAGACGCCGACAGCGGUGGGAAUUGCUUUUGCUCCCUUGGUACUCGGAGCUUUUUUGACGGGAGCCUUGUGGUUCAUCUACUCACACACAGGUGAAAAAACAGGCACGCAACAGGUCAACACAUCUCAGCCGGCCUCGGAGAACAGCAGUGCCACCCACAGCAUCGGCAGCACACAAAGCACACCGUGCUCUAGCAGUAGCACAGCCUAGCCAAGGGCUAGCCAUCACUGCCAUCAAGAGUAACACUUGCUGGGCUACCUACGUAGCAUAAAUUUACCGUGACAUCAAACUGACAAACGUUACCACUAAUGAUACUUGAGAUGAAUCCUCAGUGUGAGCAGAUAGCACGAUCCUCACUGCAAGAUCCUCAUUGCCGACGGCUUUUAUAAUGUCACACAAUCUUGGAUUUAAAUGUACAGAAAAAUAGUUACGGAAAAAUGUGAAAAAAAUGAACGUGGAAAUAUAUAAUGAUGUUGAAUGUACUCACUUAUUGUGCCAUACUGUGAUGUGUACUGCAGAUUCUUUUUUUAAAGUAACGUGUUAAAAAUUCUUACGGUUGGGGGAGCUGGAGGGGUGGUGUUUUGUAUUCAUGUUUGUUGCUAUCAUUAGCAUGUUCUUCCCUCCAUUUUUCAUGCCUGCUCAUGGUCUUUUUUAGCAGACAAAAAGCUUAUAUCACUACGUGCAGCACGCUGGCUAUGGCCACAUUUGAAAUACGCUGGUCGAGAGCUGAUAAUUUUU